AUGGACAAACGAAAGAAACCAGCAGUUGUGCAUUCUUUAUCCCUCCCAUAUCCAGAGCCACAAUGGCCCACCAUCUCUCCUGACACUGAGCAGGCACUCCUACAACUCCUCCUCCGGCUACUACAGCCCAUUGGCGACCUCAGACGCGACCAUGUUCUGCGUUCCAAGGGCAAAAGAAGAGGUGGGAAAAUAAACAAGAAGAUACAAGAAGACUCUAUGCCAGAAUGGAUGCCUGAUGUUUACGACCAUCUAACUCUCGGAUUUAAUACCACGGUCCGCAGGCUUGAAUCCUUAGCUCACCAGCGGAAGCCCAAAGUGCUAUCUCAGCACACGAACGACGACUCUUCACCGGGACAUACGUUUGCAAAUCUCUCAGUUGUCUUUGUUUGCCGCCGCAAUCUGCCUGACAUAAUGACUUCGUCCAUACCUUUGCUGUUAGCAUCCUCGGCUCCCGCAACCACCAGGGCCAGACUAGUCGAAUGGUCUUCACAAGCCGAAGAGCAGGUUGCUCGAGCACUGCACCAGCCUCGUGUCGGUGUGCUCGGAAUUGGGGAAGGGGCGCCUGGCGCUGAAACACUUUUACGAUUUGUUCAAGACAAUGUUGACGCAGUUGAUGUUCCCUGGCUAGACCAUACACCCAAGCCCACGUACCAUUCCGUCAACAUCCAAACAGUCGAGUCAGUUUCCAAGCCCAAGGCCACACUCCAAAAUCGGAAACGAAAGAAUCCCGGAGACGGCUGA